AAGCCGGAAAUCCAACCGAAUGGGGUCCUGCGACAGGGGUUGUCGUCAACCUCCAUGGCAUCAAGAGACAAGAUUCAAGGAAAUGAAGGGAAUUAGGGCAAAGGAAAUCCAUGGAAGAAUCAGGUGGUGAAGUGGGAGUGGCGGUGAGAGAAUAUAUAAAGAAGGAAGUUGGCGACUGGGACGACGAUUUGGCAGCCAGGUCUCGCUUCAAGGCAUUCAGCGGCCAAUUCUCCGACUGGGAAUCCACUUUCCUUUUCUGGCGUCACUUGAUUCUCCACGUCUCUGGCCAUUUCCAAUUUCUCUUCAUCCGACCUUCUCAGCUGAAGAAGGAUUGGUUCAAUCGAGGGGGGUUGAGCCCUUUAUGCCUUGAGCAGGUGCUGUCUCUGAUGCACAAGGAACGUGACAUUCUGCCAACUCACCACCUGGUUGAUCCACGGGCAGGCCGCCUCUCUCACAUUCUCACUAAAUUAACAAACUUGUUCUUUACGACAACAAAUACGAGUUAUGAGAAUGAUGUUUUCAUAGUAAUGCCGGUGUUGAAGGAGAAAGCAGCCCGACUGCUUAAGCUCUUAGCUGACGAAAAUCUUUCUCCAUCUUCUACUUGUGUGAUUACCAUCAACAGAUUUGAGCAUAUUUCUGCUUCACCCCAAGAAGCGUCCGCUAUUUUGAGUUACUUGUCAUCACAAUCCCAAGCUCGCUUUCUCUCCCUCUCUCUCAACAGGAACACGCCACACAUUAUUCAGGGCGUUAAAGUCUCCCUUUCAACAUCACCUGUUACGAGUGUUUCAAGUUUGGACUGCGAUGUUCUUCACUUGAUUUCAACGACAGAAACUCUUGAGCAACAGCUUGCUGUCAUUGACAAACGUUGUCAAAGCUCGAAAAAGGCAGCCAUGGCUUCAUUGGCUUCUGGAAACAAAAAUGUGGCCUUGAGGCAUUUGAGGACUUUCAAAUUGGUCGAUAAGAGUAGAGAAAAAUGUGCUUCUCUUUUGAGUAGAGUGGAGGAAGUCCUCCUCCUCAUUUCGAAUGCUGAAUCCACUAAGAAGGUUUCUGAAGCCAUUCAAAUUGGAGCUCAAGCAAUUAAGGAAAAUAACAUCAGUGUCAAAGAAGUCGAACACAGUUUACAACAACUCGAGGAGAGCGUUGAUUUACAAAAGCAAGUAGAAUAUGCUUUAGAAUCAACUCCUUCAUAUACAUCUGUUGACAAUGAAGAUAUCGAAGAGGAGUUUAAGAAAUUAGAGCUGGAAAUUGGUUGUGUGAACAACUCUCAUCAACCAAUUCAUGAAGCUGAGGCUCAAGCUACGGCCGCAGAAGCAACGGCUUUGGACUCUGCUGAGUCAUUGAGCGAGGCUUUUUCAAAUCUCAAAGUCGUGGAUGUCCUGUCAAGUACGGCUGCAGCACGGGACAUUGCUGCAAAAGAAACAAAAGAUCUUGAGCUUGAACGUGCUUAG